AUGUUGAGAUAUUUUAAGAAAAUACGAGAUGAACCUACUUCAAACAAGUCAUCUCCCCCUCCACCACCUCCUCCUCCUCCGCCUCCUCUACCAGCUCCUCUUGAUGCUGACUCAAAUGAGUAUCCUAGUGAUCCUGGGCUAAGAAAGCACAUUCUUGAGUAUAAUGUUAAUGAAAGGGAGAUUGUUCGACGUUACUAUUUGCAAAAAGGUCCUUUUCAACCUAAAAAUCAUGAAUUUCCUUGGCGUUCUUGUCCCGAAGAGAAACGAAAAUUUCGAGCUAUAUGGUUUAGUCUUCAUCCUAAUUGGCUAGAAUACAGCAUUGCAAAAGAUGCGGCUUUUUGUCUUUAUUGCUAUUUAUUCAAAGCGGAUCAAGGUGGUCAAAGUGGUGGUGAUUCUUUUGUUACUGAGGGAUUUAAAAAUUGGAGAAAGAAAGAAAAAUUUAAUGAACAUGUUGGAAAUCAGAGCAGCAUUCACAACAGGUGCAUGAUGGCGGCUUAUGAUUUAAUGAAUCAAAAACAACAUAUUGAAACUUGUUUGGUCAAUCAGUCUAGUCAAGUAGCUAUCGAUUAUCGUGUUCGUUUGACAGCAUCAAUUGAUUGCAUAAGAUUUCUUGUGCGUCAAGGAUUAGCAUUUCGUGGUCAUGAUGAAUCAACAAACUCACUCAAUCAUGGUAAUUUUCUUGAAUUGUUAAGAUUUCUUGCUGACCAUAAUGAGGAUAUUAAUAGAGUUGCACUAGACAAUGCUCCCUCAAAUCUCAAAUUGACAUCGCCUGAUAUUCAGAAAGAUAUUAUCAGAUCCAUUGCUUAUUUAACCAGUAAUUCUAUUCUUGGAGAUCUCGGUGAUGAAUUAUUUACUAUAUUGGUUGAUGAGGCUCGUGAUAUAUCUGUUAAAGAACAAAUGGCAGUUGCUUUACGGUUUGUAGAUGAAAGGGGAAAUAUUGUUGAGCGCUUUCUAGGCCUUGUACAUGUAAGCGACACUACUGCCUUAUCACUUAAAACUGCUAUUGAUUCUUUGUUGUGCCAACAUGGAUUAUCUAUAUCUAAUUUGCGGGGGCAAGGAUACGAUGGAGCUAGCAAUAUGAGAGGAGAAUUCAAUGGCUUAAAAAGCUUAAUUAUGAUGGAGAACCCUUCUGCUUAUUAUGUUCAUUGUUUUGCUCAUCAACUGCAGCUUACACUUGUAGCUGUUGCUGAAAAUCAUAUAAGAAUUUCUACUUUUUUUGAUGUGGUUGCACAAUUGAACAAUAUUGUUGGAGCGUCAUGCAAGCGAAGAGAUAUACUUCGUGACAAACAAUUUGAAAAAGUUAUUAAAGGAAUUUGCAAUGGUGAUAUCUUCACUGGACAAGUGAUAGAUUUGCAACUUCAGGAGUUGAACAGUCGCUUUAACGAGGUGAACAAGGAGUUGUUGUUGUGUAUGAGUUGUCUUGAUCCAUCAAAUUCAUUCUCUGCUUAUGAUAAGAGAAAAUUACUUCAGUUUGCUCAGUUUUAUCCAUCCGAUUUUUCCCCAAUGGAGUUAAUGCAUCUUGAGCCCCAACUUGAUAACUUUAUUUUUGAUAUGCGGAGUAGCAAUCAAUUCUCUGAGGUUGUGGGGAUUAGCCAGCUUGUUAAAAGGAUGGUUCAAUUGAAAAAACAUCGUCUGUAUCCUUUGGUGUAUUUACUUUUGAAGUUAGCAUUGCUAUUACCUGUUGCAACUGCAACUGUAGAGAGAGUGUUUUCAGCAAUGAAAAUAAUCAAAACCUCACUUCGAAAUCGGUUGGGAGAUGAUAUGGUAAAUGAUUGUUUGAUACCAUAUAUUGAGCGAGAUGUGUUUGAUACCAUUGAUAAUGAAGCUAUUAUUCAGCAUUUUCAAAUAUGA